AUGCCAAAUCAUUACUCUCUCAGUAAGUCGAUCGUCCCACUCACUGUUGUCCACGGCACAAUGGCUCACCAGAAGAUCAACCCCAUCGUAGCCAUUGCUAAGUCCGUCAAGAACAAACCAAACCACGUCGUCGUCAACGUCAAGUCUCCAGAAGAUCUUCAAAAGGAGUACGCCACCGCUCACAAGGCAACCGGUCGUGAAGUAGCUGCUUUUGUCUUUGUCGUGGUUCUCAUCGUGUGCGGAUUUUUCGCGGCCACUAAAUUCAUGGGAAAUUAA